CUCUUUUUUUCCGUACGAACUACCAAUGUUCUAUAGACCGGUGUUGCCUAUUCCCGCUGAAACGUUGCUUCGCCGUAAUGCGCAAUUUACAAGGGAGGCGUGGCGGAUGGGUGUGCGGCACGAUCAGCGUGAAGCGAAUCAGCUCCGGCAUCUGACCAUUGAAUUUCCCUUCCUCACACGUGAUGUAACCUUAGUGCGGUGCGGCGAUACUACUGGUACCGCGACCGUUACGUGCGAUCUUGUAGAGCCAUCACCUUUUAGACCCAAGCACGGAUUUUUAGAAUUUCACGUGCGCCAGCUACUCCAUGAGCGCGAUAGUCUUGCGAAGCCGAAGGAGAUCAAAAAGAUUAGUCGUUUUUUAGAGCGCCUUUUCAAGAACAGUGUCCUGGACCCCGAAGGCCUUUGCGUCUUGCCAGGUCGGCGAGUGUGGAGCCUAUCGGUGGAGAUCCUUAUUGUGAAUGAUGAUGGCAACGCCCUUGAUGUGGCCCAGUGGAGUGCGAUCACCGCCCUCCAGCAUUUCCGUCGGCCGGAGAUCACCAUUCGUGGCGAUCACAUCACCCUACAUUCUCCGCAUGAGCGCGAUCCGGUCCCACUUUCCCUCCAUCACAUCCCCCUGUCUUGCAGCUAUGCUGUAACAACCGGGGGGGCAUCGGGGCAAUCGCACCAUCGCACCACAGGGAGUCGGCCGGGCACUACGGUUGACCCUAACGAAAAAAGGACCACACGGGCGACAGACGAGGGGCUCUUGCUUGUGGUGGACCCCUCACUUGAGGAGGAAGCCGCGGCGGCUAGUAAAGUUGUCGUGGCCGUGAACGCAGAGGGUGUGGUCUGUGCCUUAGAGAAGGAUGAAGGGUGUGACGUAACGUGGCCUCUUCUUAAUGAAUGCAUCGAGAUAACAAACCGACUUGUGCCGCGUAUUUUAGACGAAAUGAAGACCGCUAUGAUUGCGCAUGAGGUUCGGUGCAAGGAAGCGUUCAAAGAACAAUUCCUUUGGGCGCAACAGCGAGAAGGGGUACAUAAAUUAGAGGAUGGUGAGCCACAUUCUAAGACCGUACGAAACGAAUUAUCAUAAUGCAAAUAAGUGUCUCUUUUAAAACAUCUCUGACUUAGAAAGCAAGGGUCAUUGAGAUCAUUAAUAUCAUUGAUUGCCUUCUUAUUUUGCUUUUGUAACAUCAGUUCUUUUCUUCCUUUGAAAAGACAGACGCAA